AUGCAUGCUAAAAUUAGCAAUUUGCAGGAUGAGUUGGAGGUCAGGACUGUGAUCGAGGAUAACGAUGCUCAAACCUUGAUGGCGUCUUCGGCAUUGAAAAUGUGUGGAGAAACACUCGCCAACUUGAAACAUAAACAAAAUCGAGUUGAAAAAGAGGCGACGGUUGAACACAAAAGGGUUGGCGACAUUAGAAAGAAGUUUGAGGCUCUGAUAUCGAGCAAUAACAGUAAUUCAGAUUUUAAGAACAUGGAGCAAACGAGCCAACAAGUUAAAGACAAAACAACAAAAAUCGAAGAGAAACAACAGAAUGUAGAGAAUAGAGAUGGAAAUGGUCAAGAAGGAUUGAUCGAAAGUCAACCCAAAUGUAAUUUUGACCAAAAAGAAUCUGAAACGGUUGAAGAUAGAAAAUCGAGGAUCAAAGAAGAUAUUCUUGGAAAAAGCGAACCUGUCACUAUCUCUAAAGUUGCUGAGAAGAUUGAGAAACUUGUUGAUAAGGUCAUCAUAUUAGAAAUUGAUUUGGCGUCCCAGACUGCACUUGUGAUGAGGCUUAGAUUCGAAAACGAUGAUCUUCAUGAACAACUUCAAAGUUUGGAACAUGACAACAAGAACCUCGUUGAUGAUUCAAAUGAAAUGAAGAUGAAGAUCAAAAGGCUUGAGGAACAAUUAGAAGGAAUUCAGAGCCUUGAUCAGAAAGUCAAAGGGCAAAAUGUGCAUUUGGAAACCAGGUUCGAUGAUGCGAGUGUUAAUCUUGAUAAUGCAUCUAAUGAGCUUUUAAUCGCUGAACCAGAUGAAAACCCUUCAGACGAUGAAGAGAAGAAAGAAUAUGAUAAAAGAUCAGAAGUAGAAGAAGAGAAUGAUUUAGAAAAGAAACCUAAUGAAGAUAAUGAUGACUUUGAGGGUUUUGUAAUGAAACCUAAUGAAGAUAGUCAUGAGUUAGAGGAUUCUGUAAAGAAAAAGGAUAUCCAAAUGGAAAGAGGAAAAGAGCUUGAGCAAGAGCAAGAGCAAGAGCAGGAGAAAGAGAAAGAGCAAGAGCAAGAACAAGGACAAGGACAAGAACAAGAACAAACAUUGACAAAAAGGGUGAUCAAUGAAGAACAUGAUAUUGUUGUUGAUGUUAAUGGUGAUCGAAUGGGUGAAGAAGAUCAAUCGAAUUUGAAGCGUAAAUUUUCAUAUGAAAUAGAAGAAAGAGAGAAAAUGUUACUUGAGGAGUACAAAUCGACUUUGAGAAACUACAAGGAAUUGAAAAAGAAGCUCAUUGAAACCGAAACAAAGAAUCGUGCAAGAUUGUUCAAAACCGCUGUCGAGAUGAAGAUGUUGAAAAAUUCAAAUGACUCGAAAGAUAACGAGAUUCGGUCGUUACAUGAAAAAUUAAAACUUUUUGAAACAAAUUUAGAUAAAAAUAUAGACUUUGAAGUAACAAAAGCACAAGAUUCAGUUAUAAAAGAAGUUGAAACUACGGAAAUUGAUUCUACUGAUGAAGGGGCACAUGAAAGAGAAGAAUUUGAUGAAAAAAAGGAAGGUGAUCAAGACUCAAAUGGUGAUGAAAACCUAGAGACUGAAGUAAAGAAAGACCCAGAUUUGAAUGAUGGUGUUGAUGACCCUAAUGAAAUUAGAGAAGUAGAAGAUGAGAUACGUAGAGAAAUCGAUGAAUUUAGAAAAGAGAGCUUAGAGUUAUGGUUAAGAUUUAGUACAACAUAUCACCAAAUAAACAGGUUUCAAGAUACAACAAAUGACCUACUAAAAGAAAUACAGGAAGCAAGAGAUGCAAAAGAAGGGAAAGAAAAGAAACACGAAUAUGGGCUUGGGCAUGCGAUUAGUAAACGCCACUAUCAUCAAAACUCUCCCUCUUUUGCCUCGGAUAUUCGACCAAUAUAUCGACAUUUACAAGACAUGCUGGCAGAAGUGACUCUAUGGUUGGAGUCGAGUGAAAUUUUAGAAGACGAUUUACAACAUAGAUUAAUAUCACUUUGCGAAAUUCAAAAUGAAUUAGCAAAUUUGACAAAUGACGAUUCAAAAUCUGAAAAGAAAGCCAGACCACUUAAUGAUUGUCAAGCUGCAAAAUUUCAAGGGGAACUUCUUAACAUGAAGCAAGAGAAUAAUAAAGUAUUGGAUGAGUUACGAGCUGCAUGCGAAAGGGUCAAAAUGAUACAUAUUGAAAUCGAAGAGACAUUAAUAAAGUUGGAUGCGGAUCUUGGUAAGAAAAAAGGGUCAAACUCUAAGUCAAAGGUACCUUUCAGGUCAUUCCUUUUUGGGGUUAAGUUAAGAAAGAAGCAUAGGCCUUCUUCACUAUUAAGAGGUAUGAGUCACUCAUUGCAAAGAUAG